AUGAAUACCUUGGAACGUUCUAGGAUUACUAAAAAUGCCCCGCUUAAUGCUCUGCACCAAUAUUUAUCCCAGAUACACGAAGGUGACUUUUAUUCUUCCCUUGAAAGUACUGAUAUUGCGGCAAUAAAUUUAACCAAAUCAGAAUGUGACGAUUGUGUAAAAGCAUUAUGGAAUAAUUAUGUCAAUAUAGCUAAAAAAGAACGUAAGCAGGAAAAUUUGUUAAUUACAAAACAAGAUGCUUCUAUGCCUAUAUGGUUCAAAACAUUCGGUUCAAACCCAUUUGGUGAAAAGUGUUUAUUUAUUUCGCUUCAUGGAGGUGGUAACACUGAACCUUAUAUAAAUGAUUCACAAUGGGAGAAUCAAAAACAACUAUACACUAUUGAGGAGGGUGUUUACUUGGUGCCCCGAGCUCCCGGUAAUACUUGGGACUUGUGGCAUCGACCAGAAAUUGAUCUUAUGUUUGAUCGAAUUAUUGAGAACAUGGUUAUUUUUGAAGGUGUAAAUCCAAAUAAGGUAUAUUUGACAGGGUAUUCGGCGGGUGGUGAUGGCGUAUAUAAACUUGUUCCACGAACAGCUGAUCGGUGGGCUGCUGCAAAUGCGAAUGCGGGACAUCCUAAUGAUGCGUCACCGUUAGGCUUGCGUAAUACCCCAUUCACAAUUCAUAUAGGAGCAAAUGAUGUUAGUUACAAUCGAAACAGGGCUGGGCAGGAAUGGGCAGACAAAUUUGCAAAACUCCAAAAUGAAGAUCCCAAUGGUUAUAUUCAUUGGGUAGAAAUCUAUGAUGAUAUGGGACAUCAUAUGAAUGGUAAGGAAAAGGCUGCACUAAACUGGAUGACUCAGUAUACUCGAAAUCCAAUACCUGAUCGCGUGGUCUGGUGGCAAGAUUCUGUUACGCAUGAUCGAUUUUUUUGGUUGGAACUUCCAGAGAAUCAAAUUCGUCAGUUUACCAAAGUAACUGCUACACGUGAUGGUCAAAAUUUCGACAUUCAGACUAAAGAUUAUAAACACGUAACAAUUCUUUUGAACGAUACUAUGGUGGAUAUGGACUCUCCGAUCAAAAUUACUAUGGAAGAGAAAGUUUUGUUUGAAGGUAUUGUGCCGCGCACCAUCGGAGCAAUAGCAAGAUCGUUAAAACGACAUGGAGAUCCAUAUUUAAUAUUCACUGGAGAAGUGACUGUCUGCACUGAAUCCUAG